UCAAUUACCCUUAACUGCAUUUAUUUAUUUUGGCCCUAAAUAUAAAAUGGGACACGUGUCACUCCCAGAACGCACGAAUUGAUGACGUGGUUUCACGGGAGAGAGGCGAACAUUUCUUUAUAUAUAUAGAUUUAUUUAUUAAAAUCAUCAACUCACCUAAGAAUUUUUUUUACAAUAUCAAAUCUUUGUAUAGAUAAAAUAUUGUAAUUAUCAUGUUUAAAUGUUAAGUACAUAAAUAAAAUAUUUAUGAAAACUAUUGAUUAUGCCUAAAAUUAUGGAGAAAACGACAAAUAAGCAAUACCACUUCUCAAAUAAUAGUAUAGAGCCUAAAAUUAUGAAAAAUAUGACAAAUGAGAAAAUUCUCUAAUAUUAUUAAAAUUAUUUAUUUAUUAAAAUCAUUGACUCACCUAAGAUUUUUUUUCUUAUAUAACAAUAAAUAACAUAAUAUGAGAUCUUUCUAUAAAUAAAAUACUGUAAUUAUUAUGUUUAAAUAUUAAAAUAUAUGAAAAAUAUUUAUAAAAACUAUUGAGUAAGCCUAAAAUUAUGGAGAAAGUGACAAAUAAUCAUCUUACGAAUACUUAUUGUUUUAACUAAAAUCAAGAAAAAAAAUGAGAAGUAAGUAAAGUUUUAAAUAAUAAUAUUAAUUAAACUAAUGAUUUAUCUUAAAAAUCAUCGGAAAAUGACAAGUAAGCGAAUUAACUAAAAUCAUGGAAAAGAUGACAAGUAAGCAAAAUCACUUUUCAAAUAAUAGUAUAGAUAGAUAGAUAGAUAGAUAGAUAGAUAGAUAGAUAGAUAGAUAGAUAGAUAGAUAGAUAGAUAGAUAGAUAGAUAGAUUGAUAGAUAGAUAGAUAGAUAGAUAGAUGGAUAUAUUUAAGAGACAAUGUGUGGAAUAUCCUCAAUUAAGGUCCAAAUUUGCUGAAUGCCCAUAAUUAUGGAUAACCCGAAAAGGAGUAACUUUUUGACACUGUGCAGACGAAAAUGCCCUUAUGCUUUGUCGAAAAAAAGUAACUCUAGAUUUAUCAGCUAAAUAUUUACAUAGCAGGUAACAAUCUACAUACCAACUAACAUAUCCGCUAAUAAUUUCAGUAUCAUCUAACAAUCUAUGUAUCAAACAAAUGUAUCGACUAACAAAUCAUAUAUCAGUUAAUGAAACUAUUAACAAUUAAUUAGUUAUCUAUUAAAUAGCUUCAAAUCUAUUUGUAACAGCUAACACUUCAUGUAUCGAUUAAGAAUUCAUUAAAAUCUAAAUAAUAGCAGGUAAGUAAUAAAAUACCUACUAACGUAUAUAUUAUCUAAAAGUUGAUUGUGAUUCAAAAUUGGAAACAUUGGAAUUGGGAUGAGAUAAUAAGAUUAACAUUAUGGGUGUCAAAAGAAUCAGAAUAAAAAAAAUAAAAAUUUAUGUUAAAUUAGAAGAUGAUUUGAAGAAUUUGUACGAGAGAUAAAGAGAUUAGAACACAUAAAAGGGAGAAGAGAGAGAUAGAGAUAAGGAUAUUAUAGUCACUAAAAAUAUUAAAAAGAAACAAGGUUAUAUGGCAAAUUACAUGGGUUUCUGAGUGCAUCUACGCCAAUUACUCUAUAUUUAAUUAAAAACUUAUAAAAAAGUUGGGUACAAAAGAAUGUUUCUUUUAACAAGAGAUCGUAAAAUAAAAGAUGAUAAACCCGUUUCGUUGGGGUUUCCAAUGUAAAAACACAAAUUAAUCUUGAAACAAUCGAAGAGGUUUCCACCAUUGUUUUAAAUAGUUUUAGGUUAGAUAUUCAAUCCUUCUGAUCAAGGAUGCUGACUGCUGUCUUUUUUCCAAUUAUAGACAGUGCUCACGUUUGUUUUGGGUUAGAAUUUAAUAGGAUGUACUUUUCUUUUCAUUGACUUGACAAACUUUCUUGUAAAUAGAAAAACAAUAAGUGGAAGAAAAAAAACUAUGUGGGUAGAGAAAGACAAUUUGGUGGAAAAUAAUAAACGUUUUAUCCACGGCAACACGAAAGCACUUACGUGUAUAAGUUAUAUAUACACUACACUAGAUUAUUUACUUGAAUACUUUGCCUUCAAAACUAUACAGAGAAUGGGCUUUCUUCCUUGUUUAAUCUGUUUUCUUGUCUUCGUUUUAAUUUUUCUAAACACGUUUGCCUCUUCUAAACGGCAGUUACUGUGUCCUCCUGAGCAGAGGAAUGCCCUUCUGAAAUUCAAGAGCGAAUUUACCAGCUCGUGUAAUUUUUCUACUUCUUAUCCAAGAACCGAGUCAUGGGCUAUCCAGAGUGACUGCUGUUAUUGGGAUGGUAUCACAUGUGAGGCCACGUCUGGCGAAGUGAUCGAGCUAGAUCUUAGUUGCAGCUGCUUUCAGGGCCAACUCAGCUCCAAAAGCUGUCUUUUUAAGCUGCAAAAGCUUCGUGUUAUCAAUCUUGCUUACAACGAUUUUAGCUCUUCUGUGAUACCGACUCAGUUCGGUAUACUUUUUGAGUUAAGACGACUCAAUCUCUCUAACUCUUGGUUGUCCGGUCAGAUUCCGACAGAGCUUCUUCAUUUGACCAAGUUGAUGUCUCUUGAUCUUUCUUACAAUUCUUUAUCAUCGGAAGAGUCAUUUCUUAACAAACUUGUCCAGAAUUUGACAAACCUCCAUGAACUUAACUUAGGUCUUGUUGACAUUUCUUCAGAAAUUCCCCAAAAUAUCUCAAACCUAUCCUCUCUCAAAUCACUCUCACUUGAUAACUGCAACUUUUUUGGUAAAUUUCCAAGCAAUCUUCUUUUGAUUCCUACUAUACAAUCCAUUAACUUGUACAACAAUCAAGGUAUGGAAGGCUCUCUUCCAGAGUUCGAUGGAAACAACUCUCUUGUCUUGUUGGACCUCUCUUUCACAUCCUUUUCAGGUAACUUACCUGACUCCAUCAACAACCUCAAACAUCUAAAUUAUUUGAGACUUGAGAGUAGCGCUUUCUCAGGAAAAAUUCCAUCUUCACUUAGUAACCUUUCUAAACUAUUGGUUCUCGAACUUUCAAAUAAUUUUUUCAGUGGGCAGAUCCCUUCUUCUAUUGGAAACCUUUUUCAUCUCACCCAUCUCGACCUUUCCUCCAAUAGACUUGAUGGCCAAAUUCCAUCUUCGUUUGUCAAUCUUAAGCAACUCACUAGCUUGCGUUUAGAUUCCAAUAUGAUUGGUGGUAACUUUCCCCUUCCACUACUCAAUCUUACGAGGUUGAAAUUUUUAUCACUUACCGACAAUCAUUUCAAAGGUACACUUCCUCCAAACAUAAGUGUACUUUCCAAUUUGAAGACUUUUGAGGCAAGUCACAACACUUUCACCGGAACUCUCUCUUCUGCCCUCUUCAACAUUCCUUCUCUGACUCUUAUUGAUUUGAAAGACAAUGAACUCACUCAUGUUUUUGAAUUUGGGAAUAGCUCUUCACCCUCUAGACUAGAAAGGUUAUUGCUUGGCCAUAAUCAUUUCAGAGGACCAAUCCCAAUAUCCAUAUCAAAAUUGGUCAGUGUUAGGGAACUUGAUCUCUCCUAUUUCAACACGGGGAUGUCAGUGGAUUUUGGCAUCUUCUCGCAACUCAAGGAGCUCAUGGAUCUGGAUCUAAGCUAUCUGAACACCACCGGUACUGUUGAUCUGAGUAUCCUCUUCUCACAUCUCAAGUCCCUAUCUAAACUGGAUCUAUCGGGCCAGCACGUCUCAACUUCAAAGAUGGGCUCAAAUUCCAGUCUACCACCACACUUGGAUCGGUUGCAAUUGUUGGGCUGUGGUAUCACGAAGUUUCCAAAGUUCGUACAAAACCUACAACAUUUGUCUGACUUAGACCUCUCCAACAACAAUAUCAAAGGUCGAGUACCAAAAUGGAUUUGGAAACUCCCAAGGUUGAUGAACCUAAAUCUUUCCAACAACUCUUUUACUAGGCUCCAACGAUCCUCAAAUGAUGUCCCAGUACAGGAUAUACUUAUGCUAGAUCUGAGUUCAAACGCGUUCCAAGGACCGUUAGUAAUCCCGCCAGUCACUACGGAAGCCAUGCUUGUCAGCAAGAACAACUUUACAGGAAAGAUUCCUCGAUCCAUAUGUAGGCAUAGGUUUCUAAACGUCCUUGAUUUAUCCAAUAACAACUUCACUGGCUCAAUUCCUAGGUGUUUAAGGAAUCUGAAUGAAUACCUUUCUGUGCUUAACCUCCGUUACAAUCAACUCAGCGGAAAUAUUCCAGAAAUAUUUACCAAUGCUACCGAGUUAACAUCACUUGACCUCAGUCACAACAGAUUUGUGGGGACACUUCCAAGGUCUUUGAAGGACUGCCCGGUCCUAGAAGUGCUCAAUGUGGGAAGUAACAAAAUCGACGACGCUUUUCCAUUCUGGUUGAGUUCUUUGCCUAAACUAAAAGUUAUGGUCCUCCGCAAUAAUAGAUUCAAAGGACUCUUACACCGUCCUCGUCAUUCUUUUGGGUAUCCCAAUCUGCAAAUCAUUGACAUAGCCAACAAUCACUUCACCGGAAACUUGCCUUCAUAUUACUUUGCAGAAUGGAACAUGACAACAAAUAAAGAUUUCAAAGGAUUUCGUUACAUUGGCGACGGUGGAAGCUAUUACCAUGAUUCAAUGGUUUUGAUAAGUAAAGGAGUAGAGAUGAAACUUGAACGGAUAUUUACACUCCUAACAGCCAUUGAUUUCUCUGGAAAUAAACUUCAGGGAAUGAUCCCUGAAUCUGUUGGUCUACUGAAGGAUCUUAUUGUGCUCAAUCUGUCAAGUAAUGUUUUCACUGGAAACAUCCCUUCAUCUUUGGCGAAUCUGACUGAGCUUGAGUCACUAGACUUAUCACAUAACAAGCUUUCAGGCCAUAUUCCACCUGCUCUCGGAGGCCUCACCAGUAUCUCCAACAUCACGGUUUCCCACAACCAGCUCGUGGGACCGAUACCACAAAGCACACAGUUUCAAACGCAAUCUGCUUCAUCUUUUGAAGGAAACCUUGGACUAUGUGGUCUUCCUCUCAGUGAAAAAUGCGGAGAUAACGUGGAAAAAGAGCAAUCACAAGUACUAGGAUCAGAGGAAGAAGAAGAUGAAGGAAUACUGAGCUGGACUGCAGCUGCAAUAGGCUUAGCACCUGGAAUCAUCCUAGGACUGACCAUCGAGUACAUUUUGAAUAUACCAAAGACUCGAUGGUUCAUGAACACAGCAGAACGCUUUAGGUCAUUUUGACUUGUGAGUUGAGAAGUUACGCAAUACAACCCUUAAGUGAGAAAAAGGGCGACGAAGAGGAUGAAGAGGGUCAAACGGAAAAUGGGAUUGCGAGUUUUGAGCUUCUGUCUAAUUCAAGUUAGGCCCAACCAAACAAAAUAGUGGUACUGUUUCUUAGUUGUUACUGUUUUAUAUUAAGAUGUGAUAUUUUGUUUCAAAGCUGUAUAAAUGUUGUUGAAUAUAUAGAUGUUGCACUAUGGAAUUAAAUUAUGUA